CCUCACAGUUCACCACCUUUAUCUGCUGAAGAAGAAGAAGGGUGUGGUGUUGGUUGCCCGGGGAAUGAUCUGAACUGGAUCCGCCUCUGAACUGGAUCCGCCUCUGAACUGGAUCCGCCUCUGAACUGGAUCCGCCUCUGGUCUGCAGUAUAAAGAUCCUCCCAGCUGAAGCUGCAGACCCUGAGAGAAGCAACAGGUCACAACUUGAACUGAACGUCUUUCUGCUGCUGAACCUCUGAGGUAAGGCUGAAGCUUUCUCCUUCAGACGAUGUUUGCGGCUGAAACCAAAGCUCUGGUGAGGAACACCGGCGCUCAGGACGAUCUGAUCUCCAACUGCAACCUGAACAGAAAGAUGGAGGUUCUGACUCUGGUUCGGGUCAGAAAGGGAGCCAUCUUCCAGUUCCCCACAUACAAGGCCAUGAAUGUCACACUGCCGGAGCUGCUGGGGGACCAGGACUUCUCCCCAGAGUUAGAGGAGGAGGUCCUGGUGGAGGACUUCAAGACGUGGGUGGAGACCAGCGGCAGCGGCAAGGUGGACGGAGGACACGGAGCGGUCGGUGAAGCCGACCUCUCUGCAGACUACGACUCGGUGGACGGCCUGACCGAGUCCGUCAGCAUCAACAAAAAGAGAGUCGACCUUUCAGCCGUAAGGAGCAAGUUCAGCGGCAGGCCGAUCAGCGGCGGUACGCUGCAGGCGCUGAAGCUGAAGGAAAACGACCUGCUGACCUUUGUUUAUGAGACGGUUUAUAACUCUGGACCCGUGACCAUCGUCAAGAAGGACAAGAAGGACGGCUGCUUCUCCGCCAGCUUCCAUAAAUUGGCCAACGUGGUUUUUAAGGGCAAGUCGAAGGAGGACACCACCUUCACUGUGCCAGAGAAGUCCACCUUCGCCUUCAGCCUGGUGGAGGUGCUGCUGCGGGACGGAGCGAUGGAAAUCGCUUUAGAAAGCUGGAGUCACAAACGAAGAGGUCUGAGCCACGAUGCGGUGAACUGUGACCUGAUCGAACAAGCCAGAGACGGGAUUGAGAUGAAGGAGGUUCUUCUGCAGCCACUGGAGGAACUUCCUGUGUCAACUCGCCGUGAUCUGCUGAAAUGCCUCCAGGACGUUCUGGAGGAAGGAGAGGCACUGAGUCUCCUGGAGGAAACGCUGGACCAGAGCAGCAAAGGACAGACAGAGCGUCCCCCGUCCAAGGUCGUUUCAUCCUUCAUGGACGUCUUGGAUGAGUCCAAAGUGUCCUCCAAGGUGAGGGACGCUGUCCAUCUUCUGGUCUGCGCCAUGGACGCUCUACCAGAGAUAAUGCUGCGACCUUUGACCUCCUGUAGUCCUGAAACUCUGACUGCCCUCAUCCAACUGGUGGACAGUCUGAAGGACGGAGAUGAGCCCAGUCUCCCAGCGUGUCCCCCUGUCCCCCUGCAGCAGGACGGGGAGCUGCGCUGGGCGGCGGAUGUCCUCUGUGGGUCCAGUGAGACGCUGGUGGAGCUGAGUGCGGCGUGGGACCGGCGGCCCGAGGUUCUGCUGGAGGUUCUGGCUCUGGCCGUGUUGGGAGUCCACAGGCUGCAGAGUGAAGAGUGAAGAGCAUCGAUUCCCUCUGAGGACAAUCUGACCUGCAAAAACAUCCUGACAUGUACAACCUGAAAUUAAAAGUCAUGUUGUUUUGUAAAAUC